AUGAACCGACCCCGUUUCUGCAUCUCCUUCUGCUGGUUGUAUUUUGCCGCUUCUGGACUCAGAGCUGUAGAAACAGCAGAUGGAAAAUACGCUCAGAAGUUGUUUAAUGAUCUUUUUGAAGAUUACUCCAAUGCUCUGCGUCCAGUAGAAGACACAGACACGGUCCUGAAUGUCACGCUGCAGAUCACACUUUCUCAGAUAAAGGACAUGGACGAGAGAAAUCAGAUUCUGACAGCCUAUCUGUGGAUCCGUCAAACCUGGCAUGACGCAUACCUCACAUGGGAUCGAGACCAGUAUGAUGGGCUGGACUCCAUCAGGAUUCCCAGCGACCUGGUGUGGAGGCCGGACAUUGUCCUGUACAACAAGGCAGACGAUGAGUCUUCAGAGCCUGUGAACACCAAUGUGGUCCUGCGGUAUGACGGGCUCAUCACCUGGGACUCGCCAGCCAUCACCAAAAGCUCCUGUGUGGUGGACGUCACCUAUUUCCCCUUCGACAGCCAGCAGUGCAACCUGACCUUUGGUUCCUGGACCUACAAUGGCAACCAGGUGGAUUUAUUCAAUGCCCUGGACAGUGGUGACCUCUCUGACUUCAUUGAAGAUGUGGAAUGGGAGGUCCACGGAAUGCCUGCUGUGAAGAACGUCAUCUCCUACGGCUGCUGCUCGGAGCCCUACCCAGACGUGACCUUCACUCUUCUUCUGAAGAGGAGGUCCUCCUUCUACAUCGUCAACCUCCUCAUCCCUUGUGUCCUCAUAUCAUUCCUUGCUCCUCUGAGUUUCUACCUCCCAGCAGCCUCCGGGGAGAAGGUCUCUCUGGGAGUGACCAUCCUAUUGGCCAUGACUGUAUUUCAGCUAAUGGUAGCAGAGAUCAUGCCGGCCUCAGAAAAUGUACCGCUGAUCGGGAAAUACUAUAUAGCCACCAUGGCCUUGAUCACCGCCUCCACAGCCCUUACCAUCAUGGUAAUGAACAUUCACUUCUGUGGGGCUGAGGCCCGGCCAGUGCCACGCUGGGCCAAGGUGGUCAUUCUGAAGUACAUGUCCCGGAUCUUGUUUGUCUAUGACGUGGGUGAGAGCUGCCUCAGCCCCCACCACAGCCAGGAGCCAGAACAAAUCACAAAGGUUGAUAGCCAACUCCCAGGAUCCAAUCUGAAAACAUCCAGAAACAAAGACCUUUCCAGAAAGAAGGAAACGAACAAACUCUUGAAGAAUAACCUGGGGUGUCAGGGCGGGAUCCCGCAGAAUGCCGAGAGUUACUGUGCACGCUAUGAAUCGCUGACGAGAAACAUUGGAUACAUUGCCAAGUGCCUUAAAGACCACAAAGCCACCAACUCCAGGGGCAGCGAGUGGAAGAAGGUUGCCAAAGUCAUAGACCGGUUUUUCAUGUGGGUUUUCUUUGUUAUGGUGUUUGUCAUGACCAUUUUGAUCAUAGCAAGAGCAGAUUAG